GUCGGUUUUAAACGUCUUUGGUAAUAGCCUAGUUUGCAUUGUGUGUGUGUGUGUGUGUGUGUGUGUGUGCGUGUGCGCGCGCGCGCGCGCGCUUUGUGGCCAACACAGACACUUCCUGUCAAACAGGUUUUAUCUGUUUUGUGCAGAGUGCGGUCUGUUUGAAUAUUCAGUUGUAACUUUGCGUAUUUCAACCAAGCCGUUCAUUCAACCUCUAAAACGUUUUCAAUCAUCUGAAGUCAAAAUGAAGAUCGCAGCCUUCAAUGCCAAAAACCUGGGAACGAAAAAGGUCACAGACAAGGUGGUCGUUCAACGCCUUACCGAGAUCAUGUCUCGGUACAGUGUGGUGGUGAUACUGGAGGUGAUGGAUAAGAGCGGUAAAGCCAUGGAGAAGUUACUGAAAGAACUCAACAACAACAGCUCCAACAAAAACCGUCCUUACUCCAUGAAGGCCAGUGGCCAGCUAGGACGAGACACCUACAAGGAGCGCUUUGUUUGUUUCUACAGAGAGGCUGAUGUGACACUGAAAGAUUUUUACCAGUAUGAAGAUAAUCAAGUUGGAGAUUUGGACGCCUUCGCCAGAGAGCCCUUCAUCCUGCGCUUCAGCUGUCCAUCUACAGUGGUGAAAGACCUGGUUCUGAUCCCAGUCCACACCAAACCAGAAGACUCGCUGAAGGAGCUGGACGAGCUGCAUGAUGUGGUCGAUUAUAUCAGGAAGAAGUGGGGAACUGAUAACAUUAUGAUUUUGGGGGACUUUAAUGCAGAUGGCCGUUAUCUCUCCAAGAAGAAGAAGGACAAGAUCCGCAUCACCUCUGCUCCCUAUCGUUGGCUGAUAGCCGAUGAUGUCGACACAACCUCUAGUAACUGUAAUGACAACACCUACGACAGGAUCGUGGUGUACGGCCAGAGCAUGCUGGACUCCAUCGUCCCCGGCUCGGCCAAGGCCUUCAACUUCCAGACAGAGUUCAAGCUGACGGAUGAAGAAGCUCUGAGUAUCAGCGACCACUACCCUGUGGAGGUGGAGCUGAAGACCAGUCGGAAACCGAAAGCACCGGGACAAAGGAAGACGGCUCAGAAGAAAGGAGCAGAGAAGAAGGAGACUACUAGAGCAAAAAAGAAGAGUGGACCGUCAUCAGACACACCAGCCAAGAGAAGACGUGCAAACAAAUGACCAACGAACACACUUUAAAGAUCUUUCAUCAUUCACAGUCGUGUUAUUAGAAUCGGUCACUUUGAUUGACCAGGACAGGAUUGACUAGAAGCGUGUUACACCACUAUCUUUAGGACUUACAUAAAAAUAGAAAAAGUUGACAGAUUACAGAAGAUUAUAAGGAAUCUCACUGUAUAUUUUAUUUCUUACUUACUUUCUUACUUAUUUGUCCACAUGACCAGCUUUUAAUUGGCUGGAUUCUGGAAUGUUUUGAUGAACUGCAAAAAGCUUGUUUUACUGUUCAGGCUUUCCUUAUGUGUAAAAGUGAAAGCCCUCAAAAAUGUAUUUUUAUUUCUUCGCUCAGAUGUUUGAGCUUCACUGAGCAGAAUCAUUCAUCUGCAGAUUUUUAUUUUGUGAGGUGGAAACUUGAAACGUCGACGCAACAAACAGAGAAUUGACUUUACAGUGAAAUAGGAGACAUCUUGUGUCCAGAAUUUAAAAUAUAUAAAAUGAAAAUAUAUAUUUAUUAAAAUUCAGUUUUCUUAACGAGGGAGAAGUAUAUUUAAGUUUAAUCAUUUUUAACAAGGUAAUUGAACUAUUUUUGUGGAAAAAAUCUGACAAUUGGUAUUCAAAGCAGAGUAUUUUUGUAUUUCUUAUAAAACAUGUCUUUACAACCUUACCAAAUAAUUCUGCAAGUCUUUGUGAAGAUGUAUACAGAUGUGCUAAAAAUGUACUGUACUGUAUAUCUUGACUGAAUUUGACAAAAAAAAUUAAGUACUGUCUGUGUA